AUCAACUCCGUCGUCAUUGCCGCGAGUGAGCCUCGGCGGUGGCUUUCGCGAGAAUGUCGCGCCGUCGCAGUAGGCUGCCUUCAACUAUUAUCGCUAGUUCUAGUACUCAGAUUCUAUCGGUGGGAGAGUUCCUGAAGGGGGUAUGGUCUCACAAUAUCAUAACCUCUAUACAGAACUAAUGACCUUGCUUUAGUUGCAUCGGACUCCACGAAAGUCAAGAAGCAAGCCCACCCAAACAAGCACUCCUGCUACCGCCACAAAAGCCAUUCCUUCCCCGGAAGGGAGUCAGGAGGAUGGCUUUCUCCUCGAGACACUAGCUGCCCUGGAAAAGGCUGACGAGGAAACUACUCGGCCGAUUACUAAGAGGAGAUUGGGGGAAUCGGUGAUGCUGGAGACCAGGUUUCCCAAAAAGAGGAGAAAGAAGCGCCAUGUGGCUUAUAAUUCCCUCACCCUCUCACGAGAUCCGCAGGAUGAAAUAUCUCUAUCCUUAUGUGAAGCGCGGGAGGAUUCCGAGCCGGACCCUAUCCUAAGUGGUAUAACCCAGACAGAUAAUCCGGUUCCAAUACCACCGAAGCCACGCUAUCCCGUAAGCGUUAUUCGAGGAAGUAUCGUUUCCCCUUGGUCACAGCGAGGGAGAAAUCUAACUGCUGCUGCGGGGCAGAGGGAGUUACGCAUGGUCCCUCAUGAGAAGAACUGGGGUGACCGGAUUGAUAGUUUGCUAGUGCCUGGGAAAGCUAGGGCUAGGGGUAUUGGGGGAAGGCCCGCUUCACUAACGAGGGCUUUGGAAUUGGUAUUUACGCUGGCCUGUGAAAUGGUUGCUGAGCUAAUAUAAAAAAAGUCGAAUAUGACGGAUCGAACCCGGUCUCCAGCUGGGGCAAAUAAGUUUCCGCAUUUUGUCUCGCCUGACUCACAGUUUGACACCCUGGACUGCUCACCUCCCAAUCAAGGUUUGGUCGGCACAGAGCUAGGCCCUGAGUUAGGGUUUUUCCAGGCUCCCCUAGUAAAACCAGAAAUCGAAAAACCAGCAGUCGCUGUCCAACCCGUAUCGCAACACUUCAAGAGAAUUUGUACAAUUGCUUCGACGAAGUUACCAGGGCAGACAAACAGAGUGGCAAGCGAGGGCCGUACAGCGGAACUACUUCCAAGCUCGGGGGUACCAGAAUCCGGCCCGAAUGGUUGUGAUCAAGCAGGUGCCCAGGACAAUACUACUGAAAAGAUCCUCCCCUGGGUAUCUCCCAGUUUGAUAGGAAGCGAUAUUACGGUGGAAAGCGGGAGGCAGGGAGGAUCCAUGGCCAAAACUUUUGGGUAUCCUUGGGAAAGAUUUGACAGAAGUCCCACUCCAUUUCCGAGCCCUGAGCCCGGGAUUGCACCCCAAGGGUCAGAUUGUAGCUCACUACUUAGAUUCUGGGAAUCUCAGCUACCAGGACCGCCCCCCAGCGCUAGUCCUCCGGGGGGUGAUAUAGGAAUUUGCAUUUCCUCUAUGCAAGAGCCUAAGGGCAGCCCCCAGUUCCGUGUAGAGGAGGGGACCAAAAAUCCCUCGCCCGUUUUGGAGGGAGAGGUGGAUGAGGGCAAUUCGCUAUCCUCGGUAAGUCUGACGGCUAUAAUUAUUUACGUGUUCUGACAUCAAAGCAGUCCGCGCAACUGUGGGAGGAUUAUCAACUGGGAAAUCUGGAGCUGACUUCUCCACUAAAGCAACCUCCAAGAGUCGUUCCGGGAUCUCCGAAAUCUAUGCCUUGGAGCGGCCAGCCAGCCCAGGCGCGGACGGAGCGAGUCAUGCUACCUCCCCCGUUUCGGCAGCCCAGGAAACCUAUAGACGGGGAUGAGAGUGAGGACAAUUUGGAUUAUAUCAAUGGUUAGUUCUGGAGUGUGAUUCAAUAACGGUGAUUUUUUAUAGAAAACCGCUAACCGCAACUACGUGCGAUUAUAGAGAUACCUGGAGGAAGCUACUUCUCAAAUGCGCAGAAAAUGCUAGAUAAUUGCGAAGAUGCUCGACUCACAGUUCUACCGAUUCGAUCUAAUAGGGAAACUAGUACAACUCCUACAAAAGGCCAGCUGGGCAGUAGGAACGUUCCCAAGACUCAGCCACCAACCCACUCCCUGAGCCCAUUAUCCACCCCAACACCAGCCCGCACUUACAACAACAUACCGCUCAAGGAUAUCAUCAAGCGGAGAGAAACUGUGCCACUACGACGGCUCACGAUUUCCGGUAGUUUCAAAAGUCCUUUUCUCCCAAAGCCCGCGAUGACAAACAUGGACCAAGCCCCUACAACAUCUGGGCUCAGCCGCCAAGGGCAGAAGGAUAGAACCAUGUCUAUAGCUAACCCAAACCCAUUCACCGUGCCAGCGCCAAUAGUACCGUCACCAUUCGUAGCAGAGCCCAAGAAUAGGGUCAAGCGCCGCAUGACUGGGUUCCAAUCCUUCUCUCUCCCUACUGGUACUCGUGCCCCCGGAAUCGGAGCUCGGCGCGCUACGCAAGGCUCGUCUCUACAGCUCCACCGUGGAAUGACAAUUCGAUUUGAGCACUCACAGAAGCCGUUCAAGCCACCGCUGAUGACGAAACCACUGCAGGCAACCCUUAGGACAAGUAGGCAACCAAGUGGGUUUGAUGCGGUUGGUGACAACCUUGUUCUAGUUAACCCUAGAAGAAAAGUCGUCUCAAAGGCACAGGCGAAAUCUGGACGGGGGAAAGUUGGGGUGGAUGCACAAUGCGCCGGGAUGAGUAAGGCUGCAAUGAGCAGCUUUCUAGAGGUUCAGGCUGCUUGGUGAUAAAUUUCUUGACGCUUGAUGAGGGUCUAUAAGAAUAUAAUGAGGAAUCAUGUAAUUAGUAGCGCGGGGGGAGGAUAUUUGAGACUUGAGGAACAGGACCAGUCAGAGUUGGGCUGUGCGUGAAGGAACAUUUUUAGCUCACAACAUUCCAUUCAACUUUAUCUCUAACC